AUGAAAUAUUUAUUAGUAUAUUUACACAUAUUACUAUUUUGUUUAUUAAAGAUCAAUAGCCAAAAGUAUUGCACUUAUAGUGGUGUUGGAGAAGAUUAUAAUAUCAAAUUUGAUGUCUUACAAACAUAUGGUGUUGGUUUUCAUUACUCAUAUUUAAGUGUUAUUUUUACAACUUGUAAUUAUACUAUUCCUUGUGGUAGUAAUAGUAAUAAUGUAUUGUGUGGAUCAUAUUCAAUUGUUCCACGCAAGUAUCUUUCAUUGGGAUUUGUUAAUGGCAGUACACAUAGUUAUAGCAAAGACGGACUAAUGAUAACAUAUAUAUCACAGGAUACAACAAAUGAUAAUGAUUGCAAAAGAUAUACAACAAAUGUGAUUUUUCAAUGUAGACCAGAUGGUGAUGUAUCCGAUUCAUUAGAUGUUGGCAUCGACAAUAUACUUAUUGAUUCAUGUAUUGUUGAAUUCACACUCUCUUCACGUACAGUGUGUCAAACAUGUCCAAACUGUUUAAAAACACAUCAAACAUCAUGUAAUGUGAAAAGUGGUUGGUGUACUUGUGAUGGUAAUACAAAAGGUUUAAAUUGUGAUCAAUUAAAUGCAAAUAUAUCAUCGGUAUUAACACCAACAAUUAGUGGUGGUGAUGUUAUAAUGUCUGGUGAUUUUUCAAAUAUUUAUAAUAUUAGCUCAAGUAUUACAAUUUCAAUUGGUACUUCAAUUUGUAAUAGUGUUAUUUUCUCAAGUAAUAAAUCACAAAUCAAAUGUACGAUAGGUGCAGGUGAAGGUGAUCAACAAAUUAAAUUAUCAGAUGGAAAUGGUGCAACAUUAAUAUAUGAUGGAUUUUAUUAUAGAGCUCCUUGUUCAGUCGAAUGUUCACCAUUUGGUAAAUGUAAUGAUCACGUUGGUAAUUGUAUUUGUAAUGAUGUUGCAAUUGGUACAGAUUGUAAAACUUUAAAUUUACAAUUAGAUUCAGUAACACCAACAUUUGUAACUGGUGGUCAAGUUUAUUUAAAUGGUAAUUUCCUAAAUGUCAAAGAUCUUAGUCUAACUAUUAAAAUCGGUGAUAUAGAAUGUUCAGAUGUUAAAUUCAACGAUACUAAUUUCAAAGUUUUGCAAUGUAUAAUUCGAAAAGGUGAAGGUAUUAAAGAUAUUAUAAUAUCAUCAGGUUUGCUAUCAUUUUCAAAAGCAAAAGCAUUCGAAUAUCAAUACUACAAAUGUCCACUCAAUUGUUCAACACCAAAUGGUACUUGUGAUAAUAAUACUGGUAAUUGUACAUGCCAUAAUGAACAUUUUGGUAAUUCUUGUGAAUUUACUCGAUGUCCACUCGAUUGUUCGACACCAAAUGGUACUUGUGAUAAUAAUACUGGUAAUUGUACAUGCCAUAAUGAACAUUUUGGUAAUGGUUGUGAAUUUACUCGAUGUCCACUCAAUUGUUCGACACCAAAUGGUACUUGUGAUAAUAAUACUGGUAAUUGUACAUGCCAUAAUGAACAUUUUGGUAAUGGUUGUGAAUUUACUCGAUGUCCACUCGAUUGUUCGACACCAAAUGGUACUUGUGAUAAUAAUACUGGUAAUUGUACAUGCCAUAAUGAACAUUUUGGUAAUGGUUGUGAAUUCACUCAAUGCCCACUCUAUUGUUCAACACCAAAUGGUACUUGUGAUAUUAAUAGUGGUAUUUGUACAUGUGAUAAUGAACAUAUUGGUAAUGGUUGCGAAAUUAAAUUUAUUGAAUGUAAACAUAAAUGUUCAACCAAACAUGGAAUAUGUGAUAAUGAUAGUGGUAAUUGUAAAUGUGAUACUCAAACAAAAGGAUUAACGUGUGAAGAAUCAAGAUUAUUAAUUGAAUCAUUAGACUCAAUCAAUUCAAAAGGUGGUACAAUAAAUAUAAUUGGUUAUUUUGGAAAUACAACAUCAUUAUUAACAAUUAAAAUUGGUGAAUCACAAUGUAAAAAUAUCAAAGUAUUCAAUGAAACAACAUUAAAAUGUGAUAUUGGUGAAGGUAAAGGUAUUCAUAAUAUUACAAUCAUUGAUGAUGACCUUUCGUUCACAGCAAUCAAUAAGUUCCAAUAUCUCGAUGAAAAAACAAAAAUCUCAAAAAUAUCGAGAGGUGCAAUUGCUGGUAUUGUUGUUGGUUGUGUUGUUGCUGUUUCAUUAAUUGGUUCUAUUGCUUUUUAUUAUCAUCACAAAAAUAAAAAGGUUAAUCUUUUCUUCUAA